AUGCCUUUAAAAAUUAAAUAAAUGAAAUCAAAACAAUUAUCCUCUAGCGCUGCUAGUGAAUCAGUUUCUGAUUUUAGUUCUGAAUUAUCAUUAAGAUCAGGGAAAGUACCAACUGUCACAAAAUUAGAAGAGUUAGCUUCUGCAAUAGAAUAAAAGUCAUCAGAGUCAGAGAAUUAAGAAGAAGUAGAAAAUCCUGAAGAAAUUCAUUCACCAUUAGAGUUCAAAUUAGAUUUAAGCAUGAUUAUUUAGAAGAAUGGAAAAACUGAGGAAUUUUAUAAUAUAGUUCUAUAAAAUUAUUUGGGAAAACAAAAUAAGCCAAUUGAAUAUUUAUUUAAAGAUGAAAAUGGAUUUGAUGAUGAAGAGAGAAUACGGUUUUUAAAUUGGUUAGUAGAGAUUACAUAUGCAUAUUAAAUGAAUUAUUCAACAUUUUUCAUAGUUUGUUCUAUUUUGGAUGAAUUUUAAAAGAAAACUCAAAAGUAAAGUAUUUUAUAAUAUUUAUAGUAUUUCAAAAGAUAAUCUCCAUUUAACAGGAGUUAGUUGUAUAUAUUUGGCAUCAAAAUUUAAUGAUGUAAUACCUUUAAGAUUAGAUUAAGCAAUAGAUAUUUCACAUAAUAGAUUAGGUCGAACUAAAAUUUUGUAAAGAGAAUUAGAAAUUUUUUAAUGUUUAGAUCAUUCACUUAAUUUUUCUAAUGGAUUUUUGUUUUUAACUUUGUUAUUAAGACUAUAUUUAAGUAAAAAAAAAGAUAAAGAAAAUGAUAUUAUUGAAAUAGCAUAUUUUACAUUAAAAUUAUGUUGCUUUGAUUAUGAACUAUAGAGUAAAUAUUACCAAAGUGAAAUAUCUGCAGGUUGCUUAUCCUAUGCAGUUAUGUUGGUGAAUUCAAAUGACUAAGGAAUAGUGAGUGAACAUAUAACUACAUCCCUUGUAAAAAUCUAUUAUUUAUUUAUUAGUUACAUUUACUAAAAUCAGCAAAUGUUGUUAAGGAUAAAUAAAUAGUAAUUGUUGUUAAACAUAUUGAAGGAUUGAUAGAUAAAUAUUUUACUGAUAUUUAAUUUAAAGGAAAGAUUUAAAAAUUAAUUGAGUAUAACUAAACCUAAACUGAAUUGUUGAAAUCUUACCUUCAAAUAAGGAAUAUUGAUCAAUGA